UAUUUAGUAACCUUUUAAUGUCUUACUUAAAAUAGAAAAACAAAACAAACUAUAAGCCCCCUCCCCCACCUUUUCUUUGGUGGUUGAUUGGAAGUCAAUAGAGUUGGGGGGUUUUUGUCAUUAAUUUUAUCUAUCGUUAUCAUAUCAUUGGGCUAUUGAAGCGCCAUUACUCUUUUGACCUGAUGGUUAAGAUUGAUAAUUAAGGACAAUUUCCAAAAAACAAACACACAAACCCGUCAGAUGAAGUGUAAGCUUAUAAAUAGUAUUUAUUUUUCACGCCAAUUGAAAUUGACUGAAGAAGUGAUUAGAAAGGAGAAAAAAUAUAUUCUAAAUGGAAAGACAUUAUGCCGAAAUUGUCCUUUUAUCAAUAUUCCUCUUGCAAGCCUUAGUAAACGGUAGUUGGGAGACUUCUAAAACAAAUGGCAAAAGUUUGAAGUUUCUUGUAAUGGGUGAUUGGGGAGGAACGUCCAUCGCUCCAUACACAACCCCAGUAGAGCUAGACACAGCUAACCAAAUGGCAAAGAUCUCUAGAGCAAGGAAGCCCAGCUUUGUCUUGGCUUUAGGAGAUAAUUUCUACUAUAACGGUGUAAAGAAUAUCAACGACCCAAGAUUUCAGGAAACGUUUGAAGUAGUUUAUAGAGACGUAUCCUUAUUGAUACCAUGGUAUGUUAUUGCUGGCAAUCAUGACUGGAGAGGAAAUGUCUCGGCACAAAUAGCUUAUACUAAGCUGUCAAAUAGAUGGAAGUUUCCUUACUUCUUCUACCCACUGACAUUUAAAAUUCCCGAAACCUCGGAUACCAUUGAUAUCCUUAUGAUAGAUACUACUCUUUUAUGUGGUCAUGUUAUCGAUGAUUUCCACGGUUACCAACCAGAUGUGCCAAAAGAUGGAACAACUGCUGAAAUUCAGUGGGCAUGGUUAGAAAGACAACUAGCAGAUAGCAAGGCUAGAUAUUUGUUUACUGCUGGACAUUUCCCAAUUUAUUCUAUAGCCGAACACGGUCCAACAAGAUGCCUUGUUAAUAGAUUACUUCCCUUGUUAUCAAGAUAUAAAGCUAAUGGUCAUUUUGCUGGACACGACCAUAGUUUGCAACACCUACGAACUACGCACCACGGGGUCACAUUGGAUUUUAUAGUAUCUGGAACUGCCAACUUUAUAGACUCUAGUACUCGCCACAUGCACUCUGUACCACAGGACUCACUUAAAUUUCACUGGGCUGACACCCGCUCCAAGGGUGGUUUUUGUUUUGCCGAGGCUACACAUGACAAACUUACUUUAACCUUUAUUCGAGCUGAUGGACAUGAAUUGUAUAAAACAAACAUAGCUCCCCGUAGGUUCUCAUAAUGUUUAUUAUGGAAGUACCACUGUAACUAUGUAGAGACAAUAA